AUGUUUUUGUUUUGUAGGAUGUCGACUUCUCUUGAACAUUUGCUUGACAAUUUUCAUGUCGAUAUGACUGUAGAUAUGGGCGAGGUCACCAGUGGCGUUCCUAAUCCGUCUUCGGUCGCCGUACCGGAUCCAACGCCUAAUCCGGUGGAUCUUGGUCUUGCUUCCGGCGAUCAAGUUCCUGCUGCGACUUCUGAGUCGCCUUUGCUUCCUUCGAAGGAAUCAGCUCCUUCUCUGAAGGGGUUGCCUACUGGCGGUCAGAAGCGUCCUGCUGAGGACCAGGCUGGGGCUUCUGCCAAGCGUCCCAAGAAGAAGAAAUCUUCUGGGGUGUCUUUCGAGGAGGCACCUCGGUUUGCUGCUUGGGCGGACGCGCAAAAUCCGCCUCGUCUUUCAAACGUCGCCAUUCUUCAUGCUUGCAUGGAGAAUAUUAUGAUAAAGGAGGACAUUGAGUCCAUUGAUCGCGAGCAUGGCGAUAAUUUGGCUGAGUUCGCCUGUCUCGGCGGUUUUUCGGUGGUCCAGUCCAUCGCUGUUUUGGAGCGCCGCCGAAGGGAUGCGGUGGAUCAAUUGAAGAAGCUCCAGAGAGAUUCCGAAUCCUGGCUCUCCGAGAAACAAAAGAUGGAGGAGGAGGCUGGCGAGGCGACUGGUCUGAUCCAACAGCUGAGGUCCUCCGUAUCUACCAAGACUCGGGAGAUUUCCGCUUUAGAGGCUCGGGUUCGAACUUUGUCCGAGGAAGUCGAGUCUCUACAGUCUUCUUCAGGUGCUCUCACUAAGGAGAGGGAUGAUCUGAAGAAAGAAGAGGGGCGUCUCCGCCGGCGAUUGGGUGACUCUGGGAGCUUUUAUUCCCAAGUCAUGACUCAAUACCGGUUGGCGAUCGGGGCAAAGCUGCGGGAGCAGAAUCCUGGCGUCGAUCUUUCUGGAGUCAAUCAGUUGGAUCCUGCUUCUUUGGCGAAGGAGGUGAAGGCGAAGCUUGAUAAGCAGAAGCAAGACGCUUUGAAUAAGGCUUAGUUUUUAUUUUCUCCUUUUUGUAUUUUUUGCUUUCGCCUUUUUAUUUUUUGUAUUGGAUCGUGGGCGGAUCCUUUGUAAUUUUGCUUCUGUUAAUAUAAUGAUCUUUUGACCA